AUUUCGCUUUUACACGGACAGACUGUUUCGAGAAAUUUCAGAAGCCCUCCAUUCGUUAAAAAGGAACAAGAGAAGCUUCAUUUUAGGAGCUUUACUAAGCGACGACUGUGCGUAGAGACUAGAGAGGUCGAGCAGACACAGAAAUGUCGAAGACUUUGGUACAGCCGAUAGGGCAAAAACGCCUCACUAAUGUUGCCGUCGUUCGAUUGAAGAAACAUGGCAAUCGCUUCGAAAUUGCUUGCUACAAGAACAAAGUCCUCUCAUGGCGCUCCCGCAUAGAGAAAGACAUAGAUGAAGUUUUGCAGUCACAUACUGUAUAUUCAAACGUCUCAAAAGGAAUCCUCGCCAAGUCUAAGGAUUUGAUGGCUGCUUUCGGUACGGAUGACCAAACAAAAAUUUGUUUGGAGAUUUUGGAGAAAGGAGAGCUUCAAGUUGCUGGUAAAGAGAGGGAAGCUCAAUUGUGUAGUCAAUUUCGGGACAUUGCAACAAUUGUCAUGCAGAAGACUAUUAAUCCUGAGACCAAACAUCCCUACACGAUUAGUAUGAUUGAACGUUUGAUGCAUGAAAUUCACUUUGCUGUUGAUCCUCAUAGCAAUUCAAAGAAGCAGGCAUUGGAGGUUAUACGUCAGCUUCAGGAAAAAUUUCCCAUUAAAAGAUCUCCGAUGAGGUUGCGUAUCACUAUUUCUCCAGAGAGCUUAUCCUCUAUCCUGGAGAAGCUUGGAACGUGGCAUGGGGAUAUUGUGGCCAAGGAGGAGUCUGGAAGUCGGGUUUCAGUUGUCUGUGAAUUAGAUCCAAGUCUAUUUCGAGAAUGUGAUGGAUUAGUGAGAACUCUACAAGGAAGGCUGGAACUUCUUUCUGUCUCUGUUCAUGCAGAGGGAGACACGAGUGUUGACCGUUAUGACGAGUUCAAUGAAGACAUCCUGCCAAGCAUGCCCAAGGAAGUUUCAGAAGCUUCUAUUGGCCAACUAAGUGAGAGAUUGGAAAAACAGUCAGUUUCGAAGAAUAAAAGUUCGGUAGGGGAAGUGAAGCAAAACAAAUGCAACACAUGCAAUGCCUUGGUAGGUGAUGCAAAACAAUACAGAGAGCACUUCAAGAGUGAAUGGCACAAGCAUAACCUGAAGCGCAAGACUAUGAACCUUCCUCCUCUCAGUGCUGAAGAAUGUUUGGCAGAUGUUGAUUUAGGUGCCUCGAAGGAAGACCUCAAGGAAUACUCGUUUUGAAGUAAAUUUGGUUCUCAAUUCGCUCUUUGCUGCUCAUAGUAUAACUGAUACUGGGAGAUGUAGUCUUGUACAAAGUUUGAACAUCAUUGAAAGAAUUUAUGUUAAUGUAAGAAUGGCGUGAAUAUGAGCAAUCUGCUGCAUUUUGUGUUUCUUUCUGGUUGACUGAAUAUUGAAAACUGUUUACAGCAGUUGAAAUGUUGAAAUUUUAAAUGAGGAAUUGAUCACAUAAAAA